AGAGAUGACCCAGAGAGAAAAUGAUAUGAGAGGACACAGGUUGAAUGAACAGAGGACACAAGUUAAGAAAAUCUCAGAGAUUUCACCAACACUGAUGCAACAGCCUGGGAGCAUCCAAGUCAAUGUAAAGAAGAAGUGAAAUAGAAGAGGAGGUUAAUCAAUCGACAGCUGACACCAGCGCCUACAACAGUUUUAUCUAAAACAUCUACUUUUUGCUCCUGACUGUGAACUGACAGAGCAGAACAGGAAAUACUGAAAUACUUUCAGUUACUUGAAUGGCAAAUCAUUUCAAAUAGAAACCCACGCGAUGGACGGACUGUCAGAUAAUGAAUUCCUCAUCUCCCCCUCUCCUUCUCCUCCUCCCCUCGACUACUGUGACUACACUGACUGGUCUCCCUCCUUCUCCAUCAUCCCUUCCAUUUACCUACUGGCCUUCCUGGUUGGUUGCCUGGGCAACAUCCUGGUGCUCUGGGUCUACCUGGAUCGAGGCGAGGGGAGGAGAACAAGGGUCGUAGGCAAAGACCGAACUGGAGUUGAAACAUUCUGUUGCACCAGACUUUUCAGGAUGAGGGAACAAAACAUCGACAGACGCCGAGUUCAGCAUGAGACCUUUUCCCCGAAAAACAAGAUAAAAAGCUACAGACCCUCAUCUCACUCCUCCACCUCCUCCUCCUAUCCUCCCUCCAUCCCUCGUUCCACCCGCUCACUAACAGACUCUCUUAUAGCCAGCUUAGCAUUAGCUGACCUUUGUUUUCUUGUGACCCUUCCUCUGUGGGCUGUCUACACAGCCUUGGGCUACCACUGGCCUUUCGGGCAACCCCUCUGCCAAAUCAGCAGCUUCCUUACUGCCCUCAACAUGUAUGCCAGCGUGUUCAGCCUAAGCAUGCUCAGUGUGGAGCGUUACUGGGUUUUGACUGGACGCCGACACUCCAGCCACCAUGCCCCACAGAGCUGCCCCAGCAGGGCUUUGUUAAUUAUUGGCGGAGUGUGGAUUCUGGCGGGGGUGCUGGCACUUCCUGGUUUGCUGCUACGCUCUGUCCAGGAGUUGGAACUGGAC